CCUAGUUUUAAUAAGAUGCUGCCAGCCGCUUUAUAUCGGCUGACCGCCACUCGCGCGCACAGUCCGCCGUUAGUGUCGUACCAAAAUGACGCGACUUGUUGUGAUUGGCUUGCUGCUUACCCUACACCUUACCAAUGCCACACUCGACAAACUAGACAUCCACAAGCUGACAGACGCUGCCACAGCCAAGCUUCACUCCUUGAAAGAAACAGUACACACUCUAAAAGAAAACGCUGCGUACAACAUCAAGCACUUCGCAGAUGAUAUCGACCUGAACAACCUCCACAAACUAGACGUCCUACAGAUAGGACCAGCUCUAAAGAAGAAGUAUGCCCUUCUAAAAGAACUUUACCACAAACCAGCGACCAAAGUCAACGUGGUUCACAUCUACGGUGAUGAAUUGAGCUCGCAUUUUGAUCACGCACCCUUCGUUAAGUAUAAGGAGUACGUAGACGAUCACGGUCAUCAUCAUCAUCAUCAUGGGCACCAUCAUAACCAUUUCCAUGAUCUGCCGUAUACGUUGAAAAGGAUCGGCGUUUGAUUAGUGAAAAUUAAAUGCCAAUUUGACUGCAGCUUUAACUUACAUUUUGAAAAACUCGUUUCCAUUUUAAUGUCUGUUAAGUUUGAAAUACCUAGUUAAAAUUGUUAUUUAUUUCAAGUCUUUAAAUUGCAUUGAUUGGUUAUCUCUUUUUUGCCAAUUUCUUCUCUGAUUAUUAUUACACUUGUUAAAUUGUUUUUCUAUUUUGUAAUGAGUGUUUUAAAAUGAUAGUUUUUUAGUAUCUUUUCGUGGCCAUUAUGAACGGGUAGGUUUGUUAAGAAAUACCAAAUUGUUAAGUUAGGUGCGAUGUUAAUAGACUGUUCUUUCUUGGGUGUGUGGAUUGGAUGUACCUAUUAUAGGUUUAAUAUA